CCGGUAGAGCGCGAGGAGGGAGAGAGAGAGAGAGUGAGAGAGUGAACGAGAGGAGAGAGAGCGACGACCGUCAGGGUCCGUGUGCCUGAGGGACGGACGACACGGAGAGGGGGAGGUGAUCGAGCAAGCGAGUGAUUGUCCGACAAACCAACAAACAGACAGAUUGAAUGAAGCUGCACCUGGUGCUUCUGAGGGCCUUUCCCAUGUUUUGAUUUGCUCCAUUUUUUUUUUUUUUUUACCUUUCUAAAGUUGGUUUCGCCGAGCCACUCGCAGCCAUGCCGUCCAACAGUCCUGCUGCCGCCGAACCACCUGAGACACCAGAGAACGACAUCACCAACGAUGUGGGCGAAGACGGAGCAGACCAUGACAGUCCAGAAGAGGGGACGCCAGCGAGCCCCCGCACCAAGCGUAGAGUGGGUCGUCCUGGCAGGAAACGCAAACAGCUGCUUCCUGAGAUGGCGACCUCUGACCCCUGUGCAAACGCUCCCCCAACCCCGCCUGAGGAGCCGGAGCCCUCCCCCUCCCCUCGCAAGAAGCGUGGGCGUCGGAAACUAGAGCAAACCGAGAAGAAUAAGGACGAGCCAGAUGACAGAAACUGCGACUCCCCGAGAGAGGGUGAGACUGGCAGGUUGCGGAGGAGGCCAGUCCCAAGAGUGACUUUCCAGGCUGGAGAUCCAUACUACAUCAGCAGGAGACAGAGAGAAGAAUGGCUCAGCCGCUGGAAGAUGGAGGCAGAGCGACGGGCAUACAGAGAGGCGGAGAUAAACAUGAUGGACGACCUAUCAGAGGGUGACUUUCAGAAAGAAGAGGAGUCAGCCAGCCCAGCUCCUUCCCAUUCACAACAACACACAGACCCCGCCUCGCCAACAGUUGCCACGACACCGGAGCCAGUUGCCCGGGGAGAACAGGCCACGCCCAGAGAGAUAGAGUACCAGGACGGACGGAGUUUUGGGAUUGGUACUCUGGUAUUUGGGAAGCUGCGAGGUUUCUCAUGGUGGCCCGGUAGGAUUGUCUCCUGGUGGAUGAGUGGCCGGAGUCGAGCUGCAGACGGGACCCGCUGGGUGAUGUGGUUUGGAGACGGCAAGUUCUCUGUGGUUUGUGUGGAGAAGCUGAUGCCUCUGAGCUCUUUCUCAUCUGCCUUCCACCAGCCCACCUACAACAAACAGUCCAUGUACCGCAAAGCCAUCUUUGAGGCUCUGCAGGUGGCCAGCGUUCGGGCGGGAAGGCCAGUUCCUUCCUGUGAUGCGAGCGAUGAUGCAGAAGGGGUUGACAUUCAAACCAGACAGAUGAUAGAGUGGGCCAUGACCGGCUUCCAACCCAAUGGUCCACAAUCACUGGACCCUCCAGAGGAGGAACAAAAUCCAUAUAAAGAAGUGUACCCAGAGAUGUGGGCCGAACCUGAGGCAGCGUACACGCCUCCACCUGCCAAGAAACCGCGCAAGAACUCAGCUGAGAAAGCAAAAAUAAGAGAGGUGAUCGACGAAGGGACCAGAGAGAGACUCAUAUGUGAGAUCAAAAAGAAGACCAGGAACAUAGACGAUAUCUGCAUCUCCUGUGGAAGCCUCAAUGUCUCUCUGGAGCAUCCUCUCUUCUGGGGAGCAAUGUGUCAAGGCUGCAAAAACUCGUUCCUGGAGUGUGCCUACCAGUACGAUGACGACGGCUACCAGUCCUACUGCACCAUCUGCUGUGGAGGCAGGGAGGUGCUCAUGUGUGGCAACAACAACUGCUGCAGGUGUUUCUGUGUGGAGUGUGUGGAUCUGUUGGUAGGAGCCGGCUCGGCGGCAGCAGCCAUCAAAGAAGACCCGUGGAACUGUUACAUGUGUGGCCCCCGGAGCACCUACGGGUUACUGCGGCGACGGGAUGACUGGCCCUCCAGAUUACAACACUUCUUCGCCAACAACCAUGAACAGGACUUUGAGCCAGCCAAGUUGUAUCCUCCAGUUGCAGCAGAGAAGAGGAAACCAAUCAGAGUCCUCUCCCUGUUUGACGGCAUUGCCACAGGUCUGUUGGUGCUGAAGGAUUUGGGCAUGCAGGUUGACAAGUACGUGGCAUCUGAGGUGUGUGAGGACUCCAUCACUGUCGGCAUGGUCCGACACCAGGGUCGCAUCAUGUACGUGGGUGACGUACGCAACGUAACACGUAAACAUAUUGAGGAGUGGGGACCUUUUGACCUGGUGAUUGGAGGAAGCCCCUGCAACGACCUCUCUAUAGUCAACCCUGCAAGAAAAGGCCUUUUUGAGGGGACUGGACGGUUGUUUUUCGAGUUCUACCGUCUGCUACACGAAGCUCGACCAAAACCUGGCGACGAGCGUCCGUUCUACUGGCUGUUUGAGAACGUGGUGGCUAUGGGAGUUAGCGACAAACGGGACAUCUCACGCUUUUUAGAGUGUAACCCAGUGAUGAUCGACGCCAAGGAGGUCUCUGCUGCCCACCGCGCUCGCUACUUCUGGGGAAACCUGCCAGGCAUGUCCAGACCCCUGACAGCCAUGUCGAAUGACAAGCUGGAACUACAAGACUGUCUUGAGCACGGCCGUACAGCCAAGUUUGAGAAGUUGCGUACGAUAACGACACGCUCCAACUCUGUGAAGCAGGGGAAAGACGAGCAUUUCCCCGUUUACAUGGACAACAAGGAGGACAUCCUCUGGUGCACCGAGAUGGAAGGGGUCUUUGGUUUCCCCGUCCACUAUACUGAUGUGUCCAACAUGAGUCGUCUGGCCAGGCAAAGGCUACUGGGACGGUCCUGGAGUGUCCCCGUCAUCAGGCACCUCUUCGCCCCGCUCAAGGAGUAUUUUGCCUGCAACUAGUCACGCACCAACUCUCUCUCUCACACACACACAAAUAUACAUACACAAACAGUAUGUAAUGACAGACACACAGUAUACAGCUAGUACGUGAAGGUUGGCUGACGCAGGAUGACACAGAUGACCGGACAUACACACAUUUACUUACACACACACACACACACACACACACACACACACACACACACACACACACACUCAGAGCUGUAAAGGACUGCUUCCUUAGAUCCCAUGUAGACCACUGGCUGAACUUAGUCCCCUGGUGCUACCUUGCUGAUUUACACACAAACACAUACAGGUGCAGGGUUUCUGUACUGUAUAUGUUCACACACAGACUUCCUGUCCAACCUUGAAACUGGUGUCUUCUGGCUUUACUGUGUCACAGCAGCUGGAGCUCAAACCUCCAGGGGGCGCAAAACUCACAAAGAUGUCCCAACUUACUGUCUCAGACAUCUCUCUGAGCGCAUCAACACACCAGUGAAUCCCUCUGAACCAUAACACUUAACUGUAUUCAUGUGUAGUGACAGUGCAAUGAACACACACACACACACACAUAAACAUAUAUAUAUGCACAUACUAUACACACACACACACACACACACACACACACACACAUAUAUAUGCACACACUAUACACACACACACACAUACACACCAGUUAAUGCUCGUGGUGCUGGUCAGGCCGUGAUAAUGGUGCCACUUUAAUACAACACUUUUACAGUUUUUGGUGCUUUUGAAGACUAAACAGUCUCUGGUUGUUUCAGUCGCUACAGUUUCGUGUCCCUGACAAAGUUUAACCAAAUGCUUACCAGCAGGUGGAGGCAACACAUGGCAAGAGAGGGGAUUUUUUUUUUUUUUUUUUUUUUACGUGUGUUUAUCUGUCAAAAUUAGUAAGAGCGAACAAAGGGGUGUUCAUAAGGAAAAACGAAGCAACCAUCAUCAGACAGAUUUCUAUGACGCUUUUUCUAAUGUGACUAUAACUAAAUCUGAUUGUCAUUUGUUGUCUUAUUGGAAAAGAUGCUCUGGAGGUUCAAAUAAUUAAUUAACGAAAGCAGGUUUGUGGAAAAAUAACACCAAAAAUCCUCAACUUCCCCUGAGGACAACCUGUUUUUUGAAAGUGGUGUCAGUGAUUCCCGCAAUAUAGGAUACAGAAAUUUAAAAACUAAAUUGGGGGGGGGGGGGGUGCCACACAAAUUCAAAACAGUUUACCUCCCACCCCUUGCAGCACCCCAAAUAAAAUUACAGUAUGCUCUAAUACAUCAAACUGGAGAAGAAAAUCAUGAAUUUAUGAUGGAAUAAAGACAAAGGAAUUAAAAAUGAGAAAAUUAAUAUAAUAAUAAUAAAAAUGAAUACAUUUUAAAAAGAAAACUAAUAAAAAUAUGAAGUACUCCAGGCACAUAUGGUUGAUUGUUUGGCAUUAUUUAUUUUUGCCACUGACAUCUCCAUAUAUGUUAUAUCCAGUAAAGACUGCAGCCAGUGAGUCAGGGGGAGAGAAGGAGGAGGCUGCCAACGAAGUGCAAACAUUUUUAUUCAUGCUGCUGUCCGGCCAAUAAAAAGUGCAAGCUUUUGGUGAAAUAAGAAAUCUAAAGGGGAUGCAUCACUGAAUAGAAGCAGUUUUGGACAAUAUGGCACUUCAGUUAAGUAAGAUCAGAGCCAAUAUCAUAAUGUAAUGACUUGUAACUGUGUGAGUGUUUGGAGCGCCCUCCAGUGGACAGAGACACGGUGUACAGAGAGUGCACAACAAGGACACGCGAUCAUGUUGGGGUGAAACAAUCCUUUGCGUCAACAGUCACUGGAUUACAAAAAAUGGAUAAAAGACUUCAUAAAGUCAGCUUUUUUACUAAUACCUACUUAGUACCAACUCGUGCUUGUGUGCUUUUUAAAAAUAUAUUAUUUCUUGGUGGUUUUUGCAAUAUUUUAGGCAGUGAUGUAAGUUAAGGUUCGUUAAUGCUUUGGUGAAUAUGCUGUGAUAUUUUGAACACUUGUAGCAUUUUAAGAAUGGGUUUAUUCCCUCACCUUUAGUGUUUGCUGGCAUGCAAUCCUCACUCAGUAACAUUUGUAAAAGUGUUGUUGUAUUACUUUAGUUACUGCUAACUGUCGGUUGAAUGACUGAUGUUAUUAAUCGUCCAAAAUUGGGAUAGUACUGUAUGUCACUUAAGUAAUAGUGGCAGAGGCUGUAGACAGGAGUUACUCAAAGCUGAUGUUGAAUGUUACAGUUAAUGUCUGCACAAAGUUAGUCUCAGUAAACAGACGUGGAGGGUAGAUAUCAUAAUACUGUACCAAACCUCUGACUUCAUUUUAUUAUGUUGGCAGUGAAAACGGACACUAUUUUAUCAUGUUGAUGAACUGGAGAGAAGUCAUAGAAUCCUGAGAAAACAGUCCAGAAAAACAGUUAUACUGUGAAAUUAUGAUAUAAGGUUGUCUUUCUGUGUAGCCUGGUUUGUUUUUACCCAUCAUGAGAGUGGCUUUUAUUUUAUGUGUCAUGUUGUGCGACAUCUCUGCAGCUUUCCAAGUAAGGCAGUAAGCAAAUGUGGACUUCUAAGAUCUCGAAAACCUGCCGCCACCACCAUGUAGUUUUUACUUUGCUAGCCAUACAAAGGAUUGGAUAUCGUAAAUUCUCUGCACUUGAUGUACGAAUAAUUCUCUCAUUCAACUCAAAAUCUCAGUUUAAUAUAACUCAGCACUGAAAUGGUUUUUUUUUUUUUUUUUCAUUUUAUUUCCCUUUUGUCCCUCAAAAAACUCUUAACUGCCCAAAUUUUCUCACACAAAUUUCUGGGUUUCUGAAAACAAGUAGACUUAUACUUAGUCAAAGUGUGUGUUUCCUCUUCUUUAAAAGUUUGCUCUGAAAAAGAUCAAUCUUCGGCUUUUUCCAAGUUUUAAUUCGUCCAGUCAGAUUAUUUCUGCCUCCAUAGCAGCGUGACCUCUGAGAAACAUUACACUAAAGAUUUUUUGGAGAGUCCUGUCUCUCACUCACAGCUGCAUUUAAAGCUACAGUAGGUAACUUAAAAAAACAAUAACUUUAUGUUAUAAUUGCUUUAUCUUGCCCUAUAUCUUGACAGUAGUACAUGAGACAAAUAUUCUGGCUCCUACCAGUGCUCCUAAUGCCAUUAUCAAGAAUCCAGUGCACCUGAACGAAAACAACCAAUCAGAGCCAGGAAGAGUAUCUAACACAGUGCCGAUCACCACUCGUGCACACGCCAGGAUGAACCUGUUUUUUUUUCUUUUUUCAUAAAUUAUCUGUCUCAUGUACUGCUGUCAGGAUAUAGUGACAGUUACAGCAAAUAUGAAAAAAACAUUUUUAUAACACUUACCUGAGCCUUUAAAGUAAAAGGAAGUCAGUUGUAGUUAUUAUACGGCGUCUCUAGUCUUCUCAGCCAGUGUUGCUCUUUUUCUCUGCUUUAACAGUGAGAAGUCCACCAACUGUUGCAGUUACACUCCUACUUUGUUUCAUAGGGAUCCAAAAUGUCGUCCAGUAGUUGCAGCGACAUCCAGUGAAACCAGAUGCAGACCUUUACUCUGUAGAAACUAUGCUGGUUUUCUACUUCCUAUGACUGAAACAGAUAGCCCUGUAUAAAUAACUGAUAAUAUAUCACACAGAUACAACUGUACUACCUGCUUCUGGGUGUUUCUUCUGCCUUUGUGCCCGAUGCAUGUUGGGAUAGACUCGGCCGCUCUGUGAAUCUGAACAGGAAAAAGUAAAGAAGGCGUCAUGAUGUUUUAUUUACACAGGGCUGUCUUUUGAGAAAACAUCUCUUUCAGUCUGGUGCUUUUGGUCCUCAGACGACCAUCUUUUUCCAGGAAGCCUUCCAGUCCUCUGACCUUCCUCAGAAACCAGCCAACAACUGGACACAUACAGUCUAUGCUGACACACAAAAAUGCACAUGCACACACACACACACACACACAUGCACAUGCACAAACAGCUACAAAAACCAACAAUAAACCAGCAGGUUCAAAAGUUUUUGUCCAUCAUGUUUACGCUUCAUUUAUACAACCAACCUUCAGGUGCUUUUUAAACUCUUUAACUCUUUUUUACAGUGCUCUCGCAGGUUACUCAAACACACACACAAACACACACACUUGCUGGAAAAACAGUGCAGACUUUCAUGCUUUCUCUGAACUCCUUUCGCUACAAAACAUCAAUACACACACAUGCAUACACACUGUGUUUUUGCCGGCCGCCUGUUGCCAUCAGGCUUCCCAUGGCGCCGCAGGGUGUGACAUCACCCACCCUGCGUCGCUUGGUGCUCCCAAAUCCCCCCCUCCCCCUACUCUCACCACUCCCCGACCCCCAGGUGCUGCAUGUCAGUCAGUCAGUGUAAUCUCCGAUUCCAUGUUAGAUUAGGGAGUAAUGAUAAUAAUAAUCAUGGUAAUAAUAAUUACAAUAAUAAUCUGUUAUUGUGUGUGUGUGUGUACUGUUCCAGGUUGGUGCUCAGUUCAGUUCAGUCUCAGCCUAGAGGGGAGAGAGAGAGAGGCUCGAGAAAGCAUAUAUUACAGUUAGUAUAGUGACUUGUUCUAUUGUACCCAAGGAUGCCGAAAGAAAUUGUUAAACUGACGAGCUAAAGGACACUCCUCUCAAACAAGAGCGAGUUGAAAUAACACUGAAUGUAGUGUUGGAAUGGAAGCCAAACUAUCAGUAUCAUUAAUCAAUACCCAAAUAUCAUACCUAAUAUGAUCUCGGUUAGAGCUUUCUCAUUCACGGGAAAGUGGAUAAGAAUUUCCCCACAUUACAGCAAAAUCUA